GCGAUGGCAGAAGUGAAGGCUUCCCUGAUCUGUGGAGUUGUAGCUGCUUUCCUCAGCUCAGCGGUGCUUGCAUUUGUUGAGGAUCUAGAUGACACAUUUAAAGACACCAGAGUGAGCGAUGUCUGGCUGGUUGAUUUCUAUGCCCCGUGGUGCGGCUACUGUAAAAAACUAGAACCAGUAUGGCAUGAUGUGGGAGCUGAGCUGAGGAGCUCCGGGUCGCCGGUCCGUGUGGGAAAGAUGGAUGCCACCGCGUACUCCGGAAUGGCAUCAGAGUUCGGUGUUCGUGGUUACCCUACGAUAAAACUGUUAAAGGGUGAUCUGGCCUAUAAUUACAAGGGACCAAGGACAAAAGAUGAUAUUGUGGAGUUUGCCAACAGGGUGGCAGGACCGGCUGUCCGGGCGCUUCCCAGCAAGCAGAUGUUUGAGCACAUGAUGAAACGCCAUGAUGUGCUUUUUGUGUAUAUCGGCGGGGAGUCUCCCCUCAAAGAGAAGUACAAUGAUGUCGCCUCCGAGCUCAUUGUCUACACCUAUUUCUUCUCGGCUUCAGAGGAAGUCUUGCCAGAGUCAGUAACUUUGCCAGAGCUUCCUGCGGUUGUAGUCUUUAAGGAUGGAGCCUUCUUUACCUAUGAUGAGUAUGAGGAUGGCAGUUUGUCAUCGUGGGUGAACAAGGAGCGCUUCCAAGGAUACCUUCAGAUUGAUGGCUUUACGCUAUAUGAGCUAGGAGAAACAGGCAAAUUGGUGGCGAUUGCAGUCAUCGAUGAGAAGGACCCCACAGAGGAGAGUGGCAGAUUAAAGACCUUGAUUCAGAGGGUGGCAAAGGAAUACAGAGAGCAUUUUAACAGAGACUUCCAGUUUGGCCACAUGGAUGGGAACGACUACAUAAACAGCCUCAUCAUGGGCGAGGUGACGGUGCCCUCUGUUAUCAUCCUCAACACAUCCAACGAGCAGUACUUCCUGCCCAGUGAGCCGAUUGAGACCAUGGAGCAGCUGGUCCAAUUCAUCAGCGGCGUUUUGAACGGUUCUGCACAGGCGUACGGAGGUGAUGGCAUCAUUCAGAGGAUCAAACGCGUGGCCUUUGAUGCCAAAUCCACCAUCAUGUCGGUGUUUCGCAGCUCUCCUCUGCUGGGCUGCUUCCUGUUCGGCCUACCGCUGGGUGUAAUUAGCCUGAUGUGCUACGGCAUCUGCACGGCCGAGUCGGAUGACGGCUCGGAUGACAUGGACGCGCUCAAGAGGGAGGGCCUGACCGACGAAGAGGACGAAGAGGAGGAGGAGAGGCAACACGGCGGUGAGCUGGAGGGCCCCGAAGAAGGCGAGAACGAAGAGGAAGAGGAGCCAGAAGUUGGAGAGAAAGAUCCCGAAGAGAAGAAAACCGAUUAACACAGGGAGGGGUUCCCGCCGGAUAGAGGAUGAUAGGCCUAGUGAAAUGCAGUGGCAUGAAACUCAAAGACAUAUCAAUGUAUUACUGUUCUGCUUCUUUGUUUUUCAUCUCACUUUCUCCCCCACCUCCUCCCCUCCUUCAAGCCCCCUCGAGCACAAACCGUUCUCCUAUCUUUUUGAGUUGUGUGUGUCAGUACGUAAGGUCAGCUGCUCCGUGAAGCCAUCUGAGUCAUGUUUAUUAAACUAACAGCCUUUUUUUUUUUCUUAUGCCGGAGUUUAAACACAUUGAUGUUCGAGAGAAGAAGAAGAAGGGAUGGCUGUGAACCAAACAUACCACUUAUUUAUUACAAUUCGACCAACCGGUGGUAUAUUCCAUGUGAUGUGACCCCCCCCCCCCCCUUUUUUCUCUCACAUUGUUAGGUAGAUGUUUUGUAACCACUUAAACACUUUUCUCGUGUGUGUCAUAUCUCAGUUAUUCUUCUGUUACAGUUUAUUUGUUUCACAAUGUAAGAUAAACUUUGCCUUGAAGCUGAAUAGAAUCUAAAUAAUCUCUGAGACAUUUUUGUUUAACUUUACCCCCCCCCCCCCCCCCCCUUCUCCUCUCCUCCCCCUUAAAACCCCAAAUGUAGGCUUUGUCAUGUAUAGUGAUUGACAUGUGUAGAAAAGCAUAUAGGAAGUGCCCAAGAAGGAAAAUCUGCCAUAUAUGAAUUGUGCUUUUUUUUUUGUAUCGUACGUCAUUGCCUAAAAGAAAAAAAGAAAGAGAAAAAAAAGUCAUGUUUUAGGGGUGCAAAGUGCCGAGAGAGUCAUGCAUUUUAACAUAUUUCUCAUGCCAGCCACCUGUUAGUGUCUAUUUAUGUGGAGAGUUGAUGGGAGAAAGAAAAAAAAAAGCCAAAUCUGUAAUUGGUAUCAGCCUAUUUUGAUGCUGGAAUACAGCAAAUGCACAAUUUUAACAACCUGCUAAAAAAAAUCCUGGUGUAGAUGGUGUUCUGCUUGUAUAUCAGACACCCAUAACAUGCAUCAGUAACUCCUGUGGCAUUUUUUAACAACUGGCUCUGUCUCUUUCCAUAUUUCAAUCUAUCCUCCAUCAUCGGUCGCUAUAUUGAAUUCAGUCGGCGAGAUGUUUACAUCCAGAUCUGCUGAGAUGCACACUGAGCGUACAAAAUAGUCUUCCUGCUACUGAGUUUCACCCCCGUUUUUUUUUUUUGGCACAGUUCACUAUAUAAGUUGUUUCAAGGCUUAAAAGCAUCUCUAUCCAAUCUUCUUAUAUUUGUGACUGAAGUUUAUGUAAUAGCUGCAGUCAAGUAGAGGUUGUGGCUUCCUCCUGAAUUCACAUAACCAGCUAUUUAAUGGCAAGUAAUUCCUAAUGCUACAAUCAAUGUAAUGCCAUUUUUAUGAAGGAUGCACAGAUAUGUAGUGGCCACAGUGAUGCUUUGUGGAGACAGUUUAAUCAUGCCUGAAAACUCAUUUUAUAAACUAUAUAACUAAAUAAGAGGAAAUAAGAGGGUCAAAUAUCCUCAGUUAACCCACACAAACUGGUCAUUUAAUCAUGGCUGAAAACACAUUUUAUUAUCUUAUGUAGCUGUCUUUAACACUAAACAUUUGAGACAGAUUAAGGGAAAUAAAAGGUGAAAUAUUCUUAGUUAACCCACGAAAUGGGGUACUUUCCCCACUCUCAAAUCCCAUUUCUAAUUAUUCUUUAAAUGAUAUCCAACAUAUUUCUUAACAUGGAACCUUGACAGUCUCUUGGAUAAUGUUACAACCGUAGAAGUUCAUGUUAUGGCCACCAGUUGGAUGUAUUUUCUCCCUUGAGUUUCUGCUGCAAUUGCUUUAGAGAACAAGCCAGUCAGUUCAUUGUUGCAGUUGAGAACAAAAAAAACUCACCAAAAUGUACCAGAAUUUAAAAAGUGAAUUAAUUUACACUGGAGAUAGUUGUUUUUUAAGUUGUUCCACCUACUGUUAGCGAUGCAUAUGUAGCAGGAUUUUAAGUUCUCUUGUCAUUCUGGAUCAUACCUUUUGACCAUUUUGUUUUUUUUUGUUGCACUGAUCAUUCAACCAGGAGAGUUUCAUGCACUCCCAAACCAUAGACAUUACCUGUGGAGAAAAAUCAUUCCUCAUGCCUGAAAUGGCUCCUCACACUCCUCAUAGAUAAUUGUGACAUCGCCCCUUUUUUCCAAGUUGAGCCCCGCCCAUGUCAAACUUCAGACUUAAGAGAAUAAAAAGGAAAUACAGAUAUUGCUCAUAAUGUAAACUAUGGCGGUGUGCUCAUGUAGAACCACAUUGCUCAAAGUAGGAAGCUGAUUAAGAAAUAUAUUCAAUUCAAACUACAUGAAGGUAUAAUGGAUUAAUUCUUGCUUUGUCUGUCUUCUUCUUUUUUUUUACUUUUAAUUCAUUCUAAAAACAUUCAUGCGUUAUAAUGUGUCCAACGCACAGAGCCGCAAUGAAAUCUGACGUCUAAGAAUGAAUAAUGAAAGCUUCAAACUUUUUCCCCCCUGAGCUUUCAACCACACCUCACUGAACCGACUCCCUGACAAAUGAGCUAAACCCUUAAUUACAGUGACAUUUUCAAAUGGUUAUGAAUGUUUUGAGCUGUUUAUGUUGUGUAAAUGUAACCCCCAAUCCUUACCCCUGAUAUGAUAUAACCUUUUUUUUUUUAUUUUAAAGUGUAGCUAAGUAAUAAGAUGGCUUCAGGUUUUGUCGUUCAUUUUUAUCGUGCGUUGGUAGCUCAGUGAUCGACUUAGGCGCCUCAACCUAAGCACACCUGUUGUUUUUACAUACAGAAAGUAAUCUGUAUUAUUACUGUGAAACUGCACUAAAGGUAAAAAAAACCAUGCCCUCGCCUUGCCUUCUGGUCUUUGUAGUUGCCUACCAUUCUCUGCCAAACUUCCUCUUUGGGUUUGAAUUGAGAUUGUCACACUUUAUUACAGGUUUGAAAGAUUGAAA